GCUAACAAUUGUUAAGUACAUCUCUAUUCAACUUGGUAAUCAUGGUAGGUUGCCAUUUACUGUGAAAUCAGAUUAUAUCUCAAAAGUACAGGUGUACAUACAUUUCAUGUAUCGAAAAGGCUGGAGGAGCGCUUAACUUUAGGCAGAAAACACAAUAACAAGUGAGGACUACUCUCUAAAUUCAACAUGAUUGGAAACAAAGCAGUAAUCUAUGCAACAAUUCUACUAUUAUCUACUGUAUGUGAGAGCAGUAGGAUUCUACUUGCACCUCUGGAUAUUGGUUUUAAUAGCCGUGUGAUGAACAUGUUCAAACUUGGGAAAAUCUUGGUUGAAGCCAAUCAUGAAGUAACAAUUGUCUACUCCAACCAGAUGGAGAAGGAUGAUCUUUAUAAGUCUGCAACACAUAAUAAUGAAUUGUUUAACUUCAUAUAUUAUGAGAUGCCAGCAAGUGAUGAAUCAACGCAGAAUCAAGAGUUCCUUGAGGGCAUGAUGGUCACACCUCCAUCAGCAGUCAUUAGGAACAUGUCCCCUAUGCUAGUGGCACACAUAAGGUGUGUGUGUAAUGAUAAGACCAUGUGGGAGCAAAUAGACAAGAUGGACUUUGAUUUGUUGAUAGGUGAUGAGGGUUCAUUCAUGUCAAGGAUCAUUGGUGGACAAUUCAACAUUCCAACAAUAACAUAUAUAAACUGGGGUCCAGUAUCUCAUGAAUUUGAGGUUAUUCCCCCCUUCAACUUGGCUUUUGUACCCACAUUCUUUGAACCAUAUGCUGAUACAAUGACAUUCAUGGAAAGAGUCUACAAUGUGAUGGAAUAUUUCAACCAAAAAUCUGUAAUGAGCAACAUGUACAGUGCCAUGAUAGAAGUUUGUCGAGAGUUUGGGUUCAAUGAUAAUGCUUGUAAUAACAUCAGAGAUUUACACAAGAACACUGCACUGGUAUUUAUAAACAGAAAUGAUGCUAUUCACUACCCACAGCCAUUCAUGCCCCAUGUUGUAUCAAUUGAUGGAUUUAACUUUGGAGAACCAAAACCACUAGACAAUUAUUAUACAGAAAUGUUAGAAAAGGCGGGAGAGCAUGGGUUCAUACUUGUGAGUUUUGGAUCAAUGUUCCGUAAAUUGUGGCCAAAACUCAGUAAAAUAUUUGCUGAGGCUUUUGCUGGGAUGCCCCAGACUGUUAUAUGGAGCUAUGAAGGUCCAACACCAGAAGGACUUGGAAAUAACACCAUUGUCAACAAAUGGAUCCCUCAGCAAGAUUUAAUGAACCACCCAUCCAUAAAAUUAUUUGUGACUCAUUGUGGAUCUUCAUCUACAUUUCAAGCUGUGAACUAUGCUCUACCAACCGUUGGAAUUCCAUUCUUUUGGGACCAGCCAUACUAUUGUCAAAAAUUAGCCCAAAGAGUCAAAUCUGGACAAACUGUUGAAUUGAAAGGAAUAACAAGUGAAAAACUCCAACAAGCAAUGAAAGAGGUGAUCAAGGACAAAACAUAUAAGGAAAAUGCGCAAAUAGCUGCUGGUAAUCUUCAAAGCCACCCUGUUGAUCCAAAAGUAAAGGUGGUUUACUGGGUUGAAUAUGUUCUUCGACAAAAAGGUGUAAAUAAUUUAAGAUCCAUAGCAGCCAAUGAACUUAACUUCUUUCAGUACUUUCUACUGGACAUUGUUGCAUUGGGAGUGGUCCUUAUUUUCAUGACUGGUUUGUUUGGUGUUUGUGUUACAAAGAAAGUAUUUUCUACUUUGUAUAAAUCUGGUAAAAAUAAGGUUGAGUGAGUGUAUAUUUAAAGAUGUACCUUGGGACUAUAAUGUAUUACACAAGGACUGCAUAUUGAGUAUCAAAAAAGACUAUAUAAAGUAGUUUAGAAGAAUUGUAUUAAGUACUGCACAAUGACUCCAUAUUUGCUUUUCAUGUAUCAAAGAAGGAUUUUUCUUCCUCAAUAUGAGAUUGAGUGCAUGUGUCUGAAGUGGUGCAUACUGUAUAAAGCACUGCAUAACAAAUAUAGGAUGUACUGCAUUCAAACUGUAUAUGGAUUUUCAUAAAAUAUUGCAUAAGGACUGUAUACUAUAAAUGGCAUGAAUAUGUGUUAAUGAAGGGUGGAACGACACUUCAGACACAUUUGAACCAGGCACUGGCUUGGAAGUAAGAAUUGACUGGCUUCCCCAGCAUGGGUAUUCCAUUCUUUUGGGAUCAACUAUUGUCAAAAAUUAACCCAAGAGUCAAAUUUGUGCUGGGGACAUUUUCCUGAUGUCUGGCAUUUACUGCAAGUAUGUCAUAUUAGAUGACAUCACACAGCUCUAGCAAACAAUUUUCAGGAUUAAAUCGAACUGACAUCUGAAGGACACCAUAUGGAGCCUCAAAAACUAUCCUGAGGCUAUUUGAUAAUGACAUGCAUCCAGAAAUCAAGAGGAUAUCUCCACAAUAUAUAGCUCCUGCUGAUUGUACAUCAUGUACAAACUGGCAAAUAAGCUCCUGGUGCCCAUGUGGUUCCCCAAUUUGCCAGGCAAUUUUGGCCCAAAACUCAUUGGCCCUUAUGUCUUAUUAUAUAUUAUUACAUACCUCAUAUGUAUUCUAUACGCUUAUUGGUCAAUUCAUGGUCACAUGAUAUGAAAUAGAUAGACUAAUUCCCUGGAAAGUACUAAAUCCCCGCUUUCGCAGAUUACGGGAAAGAUAAA